CAUUCCAUUCUCUUUUCUUUCUCCUCCAUCACCACCACCAUUUUCCUACAAAAAGAAAAACCUUUUCCAAAAACCUUAUAAAUUUCGUAAAAAAAUCAUUAUACGAAAAAAAAAUCACGAGUCUACAGCUACCUAGCUAGUUGUAUGUCCAAAUUUUGUUGUUAACAAAAUUAUUUCUCGUUUGGAAUAAGAAGAUUAUUAUUUUUAACGAUGACACAGUUAGCUGCAUCGUCAUCAACUAUUGCACCGGUGGGCCCGCCACGGUCACCGUGGCACUCACCGGUGCCGUAUUUAUUUGGUGGAUUAGCAGCCAUGUUAGGGCUAAUUGCAUUUGCACUACUAAUAUUAGCAUGUUCUUAUUGGAGACUUAGUGGUUAUCUUGAAGAAAAUCAAGAAGGUGAUAUUGAAGAAGGAAAUAAUAAUAAUAGUAGUGGUGAUGGUGAUGUUAAAAUGGUGGAUCCACCAAUUCUUGAAGAUAAAUUUUUGGUUAUUAUGGCUGGACAAUUGAAGCCAACUUAUAUUGCUACACCUAGUUUGUCUAGCAGGGCUUCAUCUUUUGGCAGUAGUAGCAGUUGUACCGCGAGCAGUGAGAGUAGUACGGAUAAAUCCGAGGGAGAAGAGAAUGAUGAAGAGAAGAUGAGAGAAGAAAAUGGUUUCUCCAGUUCGAUCCCUGAAAAUGAAGAAGUACCUACAGGAAGUGUUUCAUCAAAUGGUGUCUCGAGUUCGACCCCUGAAAAUGAAGAAGUACCUACAGGAAUCGUCUCCUCAUGUAACGAAUCCUAUGUGACACAAAUCCGAAUUAAUUGAGACAGGGAAUUCUAAAUAUAGAAAAUGAAGAGCAUGGUAAGCAUCGGUGAGCCUAAGAAGAAGAAAAAAAGUAAAAUUUUGGAUGUUAUUUAUGGAUAUGUGGGAAACUAGGCAUGUUUGAAAAAAAAAAGAAAAAAAAAAAAAGAAUGUGGCUUUGGAAAGAAGAAUGGGAUUCUUCUUAAUUAACUUUUGGUAGAGGUACAGAUAGAGCUUUCUCUUGUUUUCUUUUUCCUUAAUCUUGGAAAUAUCGGAAAUGUAUAUACUUUUUGGAGAAUUUUAAUGAAUGGGAAAGCUUUAUCUU